AUGGUUAAUGUAAAUACAAUUCAAUCAGGAACUGUUUUUGCAUGGUUUAUGUUUAUGAUAAUUAUUCGACGUCUUGUAAUGUUAGGUGUUGCAAUGCACGCAGGACGAGGAAAACCUUUUCCACCUGGUUCACGUCCUCCAGAAGAUUCGAAAUUAACUCGAGUGAAAAUACAAAAAACUCCGACAACAACAACAAAUGAAAUCGAAUUUACUCGGGAUGUUCGUGUUAAUCGAGUUAUUCAUAAUGAUACAGAAAAUGAUCCUUAUUUUUUCAUUUUACUUCUUUCAACAGCAAUUUUUUCUGAUCGUUCAAAUUGUACAAGAACAAUUGUUUAUGGUCUUUUGUAUUUAAUCAUUCGUAUUCUUUAUGCCAUUGCUUAUAUAAUGGCUUUUCAACCGUGGAGAUCAAUUAUCUAUGCAUUCGGAUUAGCAUUAACUUUAGCGUGUAGUUUAGAUUUUGUUAUAACGAUGUCAAUGCAACCAAAUUAA